GUGGAAGCAAGACGUGUGGUCUGCUCUCUCCGUCUCGUCUCGUCGUCCCGCACUCGCUUCAGUCCCGGACGAGUUUUUCCCCCGUGGAGAAGCUUCGAUAUUUUUCUUCUUUUUUUAACUUUUCUCGCACGCCUCCUUUUGUCUUUUGUCUUUUGUUUUUUGAAGUGUUGGAGGGAGUGAGGGGGGCAUAAGAGGGACGCGGAUGUUAGACAUAGAGUGAAGGAGAGAAAGAGAGAGAGAGAGAGAGAGACGGUGUGAGCACUGGCGAGUGAAUAUCAAGUGGAUCUCGGAGCCUGCAGACCCGGGCGUCCCGCGAGAAGUGGCGAGGGGCGCUGACGCCGACGCGGAGGGCGAGGGCGGCGCAGGAGGGGGCCGUGGUGACGGGUCGUCCUCGGUCUGCUCGGGGCAGGGGAGAGCCCCCUGACGGAAGUGCAGCCAGGCCUCCGCGGCGCGCGAAGGCUCAGCUGGUGACCCUGGUGGGCGCGAGAGAGGAAUACUUAGUGCUCAGGUGGGCGUGCCUCGCUGGUCGGUCGGUGUGGCCCGCGGGCCGCACUGGCGUCAUGGGCGUGCGGGUGCGGAAGUGGAGGAGGGCCGCACUGCUGAGGCAGCUGGCUGGCAAGGCCGGGCCGUUCAGCCGAAGAUAAGCCUUAUGACCUACCCGGCCCGAGGUGCGGCCCACCUGGCCACGGUGUUGGCCAUGCUGCUGGCCAUGGUGGCCGUGGCCGCGACGGGCGCCAAGCCGAUGCCGCCGCCGCCCGCCCCGCUCAACGCCUCCGCCCUCUCGUCCUCCGAGGACUACUACUACGACUACUACGACUACGAGUACGACGUCGCGCCGCCCAACCUCAACCUGAGCGAGUUCCGGCUGCCGGGGGAGGAGGGGGACGGCGCCCCCCACAUCCCGCGCUACAUGCUGGAGCUGUACAACGACCAGGCGACGAGGCGCUCGCACCCGCUGCCCGGCGCCGACCUCGUCAGGAGCUUCGUGGCCACAGCGAUGGAUAACCACAGCGAGGCGAAGGAACACCAGAGUUCAGUACCCACUCGCGUCCACUACCUGGGCUUCAACGUGACGCUUCAUCACAGAGAAAGGGUCACGAGGUCAACUCUCAGGCUCUAUGCUCUCAUCACACGUGACCAGUACGCUUAUAUAGGCGUGGAGCGUCGCGUCCGAGUGGUCAUGAAGCAGUCCGGAGACUCCAGUGACGCAGAGGGUGACGCAGAGACCGUGACGGUGUGCCAGCGCGACGUUUACGAAAUGCAGAACGUGUGGGAGACCUUCGACGUCACUUCGGCGGUUCGGUACUGGCUGGCGAACCCCGACGAGCCGCAGGUCCUCCAGAUCUUGAUUGAGUCCGUGUUCUCGACCGUGGGCGACGGCGGCGACCUCGACGUGGCCACGAUGCCCCACACGGACAUCGAGCCGCUCCUUCUGGUGUACUCCUCCGUCAGGCACCGCCGCCAGUCCAAGGAGGAGCUGGACCAGAUGAUCUCCCACGAGUACGACAAUUCGGUGACGAAGAGGCAGCGCCGCGCCCUCCCGCCCGACGCCCAUUCGAGGACAAAGAGGCAGAGCGGCGUCGAGUCCCGACUUCGAAGAGAGCGGCGAAACACAGCAGCCGAGGAACAGGAGGAGGAGAGCAACCAGAUAUGGGAGGGAGAACAGGAUUACACGGGUCUCCCCUCGCACGCUCACAACUCGCUUGCAGAAGGGCGGCGCAAGGGCAGGCGGAGAGCCAAGAACGCGUGCAAGAGGAAGCCACUCAAGGUCGACUUCGAGGACAUCGGAUGGCACAAGUGGAUCAUGCCCCUCCUGCAUGAGGUGGGUGUGGUGGGUAUGUGGAGGGACGACUUGGUUUCUCAGUAUAUUCUUGAUAUGAACACCGAUGAAUCUGGCCUAUAG